AUGUCCAGGGAAUCCUCAAACGAGAAUGUAUUUCAACCGCCAAGCUUGAGCUCUAGGGAGCUGCUUACAUCCAUUGUCACACACGAUGGUUUUCGAUCGCGUUCCCGAAAAGGAGCUAGUCAUCUUCCGAGCCUCCCUAAUUCACCUAGUGUUGCUUCAGAGAAGAACUACUUCGAACAAGACGAACUCCAAUCCCGGCAAGAUGAAACCAGUGGUAACAAUUUUGUUGAGUUUGAUUUGAGUUCAAUGAAUACGAAAAAUAGAACGAGCGAGUCACUUCCCAAAGUGUCGGAGAAAGUGUACACCGCAUCCAACCCUAACACCCCGCAAAUUGAGGAGAAUGUGGAAGACCCUGUCGAUAAUGCCCAAAUCAAAUUAGAACCAGAAACACAGGAGGAUGAUUUUUUCAGUGAAUCUAAUUGGAAAGAAAUGAAAACGAUUUCAGACCUUGAUUUUUACAACGAAAAGGGUGAACUCCAGUACAAAUCUGAAUCUGGACGUGACUUUAUUCACAACAACAAUUUUCACUUUGGCUACACCAAGAUAGACACAGAAGAGCAGGUUAACAAGUAUGCUGCUUUAGAUAAGAAAACUGACUUCUUGUUCAAGAAUGCUACUCGGAAACCACGCACUUAUGGAGAGAAUCGUGUAAUCUUUGACGCUGAGCAUGAAGAGUUUGACAACAGUGAUGAAGUCGAUCCAAAUGAGGCAUUGACUGAUACAAAGGAUAUGUUAUCAGAUUCACAACGAUUGGCAUACGUUGGCAUGGCCAAGUUAAUUAUGGUGGAGAUGGCUACAAAGCUAGUUAUGGUGCAAUUUGGCACAAGUAGUAAGUUGGCAAAGCAAAUGAGUGAGUCUCAAAGACAUUUCUCCAACUGGUCAUCAAAUACGGCUUUGAAAUUGUAUGAACAUUUGGGAUUGAUCAAGGAAGAAAAAGAGAUGAUUGAAAAUUUGAGUAAGCACGGUGUGGAAAUCAGCGAUUUGUCAAAAAGUUUAACCUCUUUGGAAUUGCACAGACCUAGUGGUUUUGGCGAUGAUUUUGACUUAAGAUGGGUUUUGAUAUGUGACUUAUUUUUGUUACUCCUCAGCGACGGCUAUUAUGAUGCGCGUUCGAGGUCCCUUUUGAUGAAGUUUGCUGACAUUGUAGGCAUAUCCAGCUUGGAGGUUUUACAAUUUGAGCGAAGAUUGAUGGAGUGUCUCGAUAUGGAAACGAAAGAUCGGUCGAUUGAGAAUAAAGAUGAAUCAUUAAGUGACCAGCUGUUUGUCAAACGACAGAUCAAGAAAAACAGGAACAAGCGGUUAGCUAUGAUUGGUUUGGCAACUUUAGGUGGGGGAUUGGCCAUUGGAUUACUGGCAGGCUUGUUGGCACCUGUUAUUGGAGCUGGUAUCGCUGCAGGUUUAACCACAGUUGGUAUCACUGGAACAAGCGGGUUUUUGGCAGGUGUUGGAGGUAGUGUCUUGAUUACUACAAGUGGAGUUGCCAUAGGUGCGAAAGUGGGCAACAAAGCUGGUGCAAGAAGAGCAGGAGACGUACAAACAUUUGAGCUCAAACCAUUACAUAACAACAAAAGGUCAAAUCUAAUAGUCACUGUAAGUGGCUGGAUGAACGGUGCGAUGGAUGAUGUCAGGCUUCCAUUUUCAACAGUUGACCCAGUCAUGGGAGAUAUGUUUUCUUUGCUUUGGGAGCCGGAGAUGUUGCAAUCAAUGGGGCAAACUAUUGGUAUACUAGCAAGUGAAGCGUUAAGUACAUCUAUUCAGCAAAUAUUGGGUGCCACCAUACUUAGCGCUUUAAUGUCAGCAAUUCAACUUCCAAUGGCGUUAUCGAAGCUAUCAUAUUUGUUGGAUAAUCCGUGGAAUGUGUCAUUGGACAGAGCAUGGAAGGCGGGGAAGAUUUUGGCUGAAACAAUUUUAUCAGGAAAUUUGGGUGUGAGGCCAAUAACUUUGGUUGGGUUCUCACUAGGUGCCAGAUUGAUUUAUUCGUGUUUGAUUGAAAUGGCGCGUAAAGGUGGUUAUGGGUUGAUCGAAAAUGUCAUUCUCUUAGGGUCACCGAUUUCCAUUGAUGUGGACCAUCUCGCUCAAGCUCGUUCGGUUGUGAGUGGAAAGUUCAUCAAUGGGUACUCAAAGAAAGAUUGGAUUUUGGGUUACCUAUUUAGAGCAACCGGUGGUGGAAUCCUGACAGUGGCUGGGCUAUCAGCAUUGGAAUCCGUUAGUGGGAUUGAAAACAUUGAUUGCACAGAGUUUGUUGAGGGUCACAUGUCAUAUAGAAAGGCAAUUCCAAAGAUUUUGAAAUUGAUAAAUUGGGAGGUGUUGAGUGAUGAUUUCGCUGAAAUUGAGGAACCAGACCCUGAACAAGGCGAGAGGCAAAGACAAUUGAUUAGUGAAUUUGAUGAAGCCAGGGCCAAAAUGGAAGAGCAAAAAGAUACCGAAACCGAGCCUAAAGGAUGGCGGAAAUGGUUCAAGCCCAAACGAAAAGACUGGUGGGACAUCUAUGGUCAGCCAGGAGCUGACAAGGACGCAAAUGAUGGAGCUAAAGAGGAAUACAACGUUGAAGAACCACCCAUUUUCGAUUUAGAGGCUUUAGAACAUGAAGUCAAUGAUAUUGAAGCCGCUGCUGCAAAAAAAGGCAAACCCAAGGAUGAGUUGGUAGAAUGA